CCGACUCUCGCCCAUUCACUCUCCGUUAAGUGAAGCCUCUUGGGCGCGUGGCCACGCACUCGAACCCCGCCUACUCCCUUCGGAGGCGCGCUCCCGGCUGGCCGGCCCCUUCAGUCUGCUGUGAUUUGAGCGCGCGAGUGUGUGUCGUUUUAUCGCCCGGCUCCAGUGAAAGCCGCUCAUCUGUGCAGACCGGAGGUCCGGACGGUUUAACGGUGGAUACCGAGGGCUGUAGCCCGGUGGUGGAUGGACACGCACGCACCCACUUCUUUGUCGUUAGUUUCCUUUCUGGAGGGAAGACAAAAACACAGCAGUUUGGUUUGCUGGGCCGGGAGGGGAUGCGCGCGAGUGGCGUGCCUUCGAGGCAACUUGAGAGAGAAUCAGUGAAGAGGGCGAAAAGCGUCAAAGCGGCAUAAAGACAGCCUCGCAGUUGACAAGUAGUCAGCGGGCAUCUAUGUUGGAGAGGAGCGAGGCGAAAGCGACAGGAGAGCGGCCGGAGUGGGCGCGUUUCACGGAGCGUACCGCCCGAGCUCAAUGAUUCCGCCAGCCGAGGCGUGCGCAGAGAUCCAACGGCCGCAAUUCAGAAGUUUCCCGGUGGACGUCGUGGAAGGCAGGCAGACACAAAGACGAGAGGCGAAAGUAUGCGGCACUUAACCGACAGCUAAGCCGGAAAGUGAGGCGAUUUCCCAGGGUGCUGCGGGGAGCUACAUGGGGACCUGAGAUUCCCGGCAGCGUCUUUGUCAGCCGUAACGGGAUGUUAAACCGCUGGAUUAAGCAUCUCAGUCUGUAAGGCAGCAAAGUCAAACCGAAGUUCCAAGUCGGAAGAAAAAGAACAGAAAGGAGGAGGCGAGACCUUUAUGAGGGGAAUCGGUUCACUGGGCACUUGCAACUUUUCCCCCGUGUGCCGGAGCCCGGACCGUAGUGACCGCCGCUGCAGUGUCGUCCUGCGAGUGAGCGCCGGAGAAAAGGCGCUGUGCGCACUCCUUGCCGAGCUGGUGUCGCCGUGCACCGGACUGUCCGCUUCUUGUUCUCCUUCUCCGCCUGAGAUCGUCCUCCUGUCAGCACCAUGGAGGAAUGGAGGCAGUGCGGACGGUGGCUUAUUGACUGCAAGGUGCUGCCUCCCAACCACAGGGUGGUUUGGCCCUCGGCCGUCGUCUUCGACCUGGCGCAGGCUCUCCGGGAUGGGGUGCUGCUCUGCCAGAUGCUACACAACCUUUCUCCGGGAUCUGUGGACCUUAAGGAGAUAAACUUCAGACCGCAGAUGUCCCAGUUCCUCUGUCUGAAGAACAUCCGAACGUUCUUGAAGGUCUGCCACGACAAAUUUGGGUUGCGCAACAGCGAACUGUUCGACCCCUUUGACCUUUUUGAUGUGCGGGAUUUCGGCAAGGUUAUUUCUUCACUUUCAAGAAUCUCCCAUCACAGCCUCGCACAAAUCAAGGGAAUCCGUCCUUUCCCAUCUGAAGAUACAGCAGAAAAUGAGGAUGACGUGUACAGGAGCCUGGAGGAGCUGGCUGAUGAGCACGAUGUUGGAGAAGACGAUAUUUACGACUGCGUCCCGUGUGAAGACGGAGACGACAUUUAUGAAGAUAUCAUCAAGGUGGAAGUGCGACAACCCAUGAUCAGAUAUAUGCAGAAAAUGGGAAUGACAGAGGAUGACAAGAGGAACUGCUGUCUGUUGGAAAUACAAGAAACUGAAGCAAAGUACUACAAGACACUGGAAGACAUUGAGAAGAAUUAUAUGAUUCCUUUGAAGCAGGUUUUAAGUCAGCAGGAUAUGGAAGCCAUUUUCGUCAAUUUGGAGGACUUGAUCAAGGUGCAUUUUUCCUUACUGAGGGCCAUUGAUCUCACCAUGAUGGCAGGCGGAAGUGGAUUGGCUAAAAUAUUCUUGGAAUUUAAAGAACGCCUUCUGAUUUAUGGAGAGUACUGCAGCCACUUGGAGAAUUCCCAGAAAACGCUAGACCACCUGAUCGCCACACGGGAAGACGUUAAAAUUAAAGUGGAGGAAUGUACGAUGAAAGUCCAGGAAGGCAAGUUUAAGCUGCAGGACCUGCUGGUUGUCCCCAUGCAGAGGGUGUUGAAAUAUCACCUCCUGUUAAAGGAGUUAGUAAGUCACUCGACGGAAAGGCCGGAGCGGCAACAACUGAAGGAGGCCCUGGAGGCGAUGCAGGAUCUGGCGAUGUACAUCAAUGAAGUAAAAAGAGACAAAGAGACAUUAAAGAAAAUCAGCGAAUUUCAGAGCUCCAUCGAAAACUUGCAGGUAAAACUGGAAGAAUAUGGAAGGCCCAAAAUAGACGGGGAAUUGAAAGUGUGCUCCAUAGUCAACCGAACAAAACAAGACAGGUACAUUUUUCUGUUUGACAAAGUUGUGAUUGUGUGCAAACGACGGGGCUACAGUUACGAACUCAAGGAGAUCAUCGAGCUGCAGCUUUACAAGAUGACCGACGACCCCAUGAACAACAGGGACAUCAAGAAGUCAAGUGGAAAAAUGUGGUCCUAUGGGUUUUAUCUAAUUCACCUACAAGGCAAACAGGGCUUCCAGUUCUUCUGUAAAACGGAGGACACAAAGCGCAAAUGGAUGGAGCAGUUUGAGAUGGCCAUGUCUAAUAUUAAGCCAGAGAGAGCCACUGCCAACCUGCACAAUUUCCAAAUGCACACCUUUGAGAAGAACACCAACUGCAAGGUCUGCAAGAUGUUGUUACGAGGCAUUUUCUAUCAAGGUUACUUCUGCGCAAAGUGUGGAUCUGGAGCCCACAAGGAGUGCUUGGAAUCGAUAACGAUAUGCAGGAUAGGUCCACAUGAUUUGGAGUCUGGGCCGCUCUCAUCAGGUCCUAAGAUGAUUGCUGUCCGCAACUACCAUGGAAAUCCAGUCCCACCAAGCAAGCCUGCAUUGUCCUUCCAGACGGGAGAAGUGAUCGAGUUAAUUAAAGGGGAUCCGGACUCCACCUGGUGGGAGGGUAAGUUAAUUCAGAACCAGAAAACGGGAUUUUUUCCAAGUUCCUGUGUAAAGCCCUGCCUGGACCCCAAGCCUUAUCUCAACCGGCCGCUUUCCAGAGAGCCCGACUACAGUGCCUACCCCUGGUUUGCAGGUAACAUGGAGAGACAGCAAGCCGACAACCUCCUGAAGUCCCAUCCUAGUGGAACGUACCUAAUCCGGGAGAGGACAGCUGAGGCGGAGCGCUUUGCAAUCAGUAUAAGGUUCAACGAUGAGGUGAAGCACAUUAAAGUUGUAGAGAAAGACAACUGGAUUCACAUUACAGAAGCAAAAAAGUUUGAGUGCCUCCUGGAGUUGGUCGAGUACUACCAGAUGCAUUCUCUAAAGGAGAGCUUCAAGCUGCUGGACACGACACUGCGCUACCCGUACAAAUCACGAGAGAAGCCGACCUCCCGGGCAAACACGCGCUCUCCAGCGUCCUGCGCCUCCUACAACUUCUCUUUUCUCAGUCCUCAGGGGCUCAACUUCUCCUCUCAGACCUCUGCUCCCUUCUGGUCAGUUUUUACACCUCGGGUGAUUGGCACCGCUGUAGCGAGGUACAAUUUCGCUGCCCGUGAUAUGAGGGAGCUCUCGCUGAGGGAAGGCGACGUUGUUAAAAUCUACAGCAAGAUUGGCGGAGAUCAGGGCUGGUGGAAAGGAGAGGCCAACGGCAGAAUGGGUUGGUUUCCAUCAACAUAUGUGGACGAGGAAGGGGUGCAGUGAUUGGCCGGCAGUGCUGCUCUUCUCUCGUUCUUCAACUAAAGCCAUUCCUCCAAACCACUUUGAGAUGGACACUCAGGAGGCCCCCGCGUGGAAGACCUUGCUGGACCUUUGCUUAAAGACUGCUAUGUGCAUAGCUGACGUUUUUACUUGCGUUUUCUCGGUUUGUAUAUAUCUAUAUAAAUAGAAAUAUAUAUAUAUAAAUAUAUAUAUAUAUAUAUAUAUAUAUAUAUAUAUAUGAAUGAGCUUUAUUUUUAAAUGCUCUCAAUAGAAAAUUGAACCGGCACAGAAAUUGCAGUUCUACUUUUAUAGAGUAAAACACACAUUCUCUGGUAAAGCCCGGGAAACCCGAAAAUGAAUGUGGCGGAAAGGUAUUAGGAAAAGAAAAGACGUAUUAAUAAUUUAUUUUACUUUUGCAGUUGUAGCAGGUAUUAGAUGAAGUUACCCCUAGGGUGAAAACUUCAAGUAAACCAAUAAUAUUUACUGCAAUUGCAGACUAAGAAAGAGUUUGAGAGUGGAACAAAUAUGCCUUAGUUGUCAUUGUAUUGCCUUGAAGUCACAGUUGUCCAAGCUGUCCAGCAUGCGGACCUUCAUCUGCUAACCGAGAACGCGUGCAAAACUCGCUUGAGCUCAAAGCGUCCGCCAAAAUGCCCGAUUUGUAGUCUGUAAAUGUGAGUCUGUGUCUGACCACAAAUGCGCAUUUAUGAUAGAGAAGGAAAAUGGAAGAGCUUGGCAAAUAAACAGAUAAUCACUGCAGACAUACUGCUUCACCCAAAAAUGACCGUUUUCUCUUUAUAAUCUGACACUUCCCGUUGUUUGUAUUGAUGAUGACGAUGAUCUCGUGUUUUCAUGGAGACUGGAGAUGACCAAAUUCCUGGUACAGUGGGGCUUCAAUGGGGACGCAAACUGAAAGUUUAUAGUAAAUGUAGCAUCCCUUCUGUUGGAUUAGAGUGGGCCUCACUUCCAUAAUUGAGGUUUGAGGAAGAGGUUAAAUAAAGCCAGUAUACGUGUCAUAGGAACGAUGGUACAUUUACUAUACGAUGAGAUAUUCACACUACUUAUAAUACUGAGAGAACAUGUCCACAGAGCUCUUUAAGCGUACCGGCAACAAACCCAGCUUGUCUAUCCAGGUGGGAUCAAGAGAUCUUCCAGAAUCAGAAGCUCAUAGACAUUCAGCACAUACGCUCCUCAGUUUCUGUAGUGUAUUUUCUCAGUUAAUGAUCAAAAGCUCUUUCCAAAUUCCAGGGUUGACUCACCGUCUAUUUAGUAAACAUAUAUAUAUAUAUAUAUAAAUAUAUAUAUAUAUACAUACAUAAAACCCGAACUUCGGCCAGUUCCCAAAUUGGCUGAGAGGUGUGGCCAAAGUCUGAAUUGCUAGAAAUGACCGGCGUAUGUGCCAUUUCGCAAAGUGGCGAGAACUCCCAGGCCAAAAUUGGAUGCGCUGAUGUAAGACUGUCCGCUCAAGGUGUGAAGAUGCUUAAAAACUUUCACAUGCAGAUUCAGAAGCGAGUUUUCCAUUCUGCACGAGAAACUGCUCAAGGCGGGUCUUGUUCAGAAAGCGGACGCCACUUGAGAGGCCUUCUCCUCGCCCAAACACCAACCUUAAGGUCAAUAAGAUAGGCCCCUGAUGUUAAGUCACUAUUUUAGGGCUAAAAUGAUAACAGAAAUGUGAAACCUACUUAUAUACCGAAUCUUAAUUACUGUGAAACAACCAAAUGGUGUCCGCUUUCUGAACAACAGCCGCUAAGGCUACACUUGAUGCGAUUGCACUACUAAGUGUGCAACAAAUCGCUGCUCAUGCCUUUGUUCUUCCGAUUUUCAUGCUAUUUCUCAAACGGGUGCGCCAAAUUCUGAAAUCGAGGAAAAGAUCAGACAUUGGCUGGUCAAUUACAGCGACACUGGCCAUUUCCCGCUUUGGCCGAUUUUCGGUUUUGGCACUGUAUAUAUAUAUAUAUAAAUCAAUCUGUAUUCAAUAAUAGAAAUAAUUCUUUUGUUUCUUCGGAAGAAAUUUGCAUCAAACCCUUUCUAGAAAUCUACUGGGCAAGAAAAUGGCCGCUUCAUAUUAAAGAUGGCAUCCCGCAUGCACAGUGUGUACGAGCCCUCAAAUACAGCCACUCUCUGAUAACAGCUUCUUAACUCAAACUUACAGUAAAUUACAUAGGAACAUAAUGUAAAAAUAUUUAAGAAUUACUUCGUAACGCUUUGAAAUUGCUUCAGAUUUUUUUUGGCCAGCACCUCCGGACUCACCGGUAUGAGAAAACCUCCACGUAUCCUACAUCGUUUGACUCGGCCUGAUGGCCACUUAUGCCAGACAUUCUGCUUUUUGGGGUUCCUCUCUAUUCUUGGCCUGUCAGACCUGAAAACCCUCAAUUUUAGGCCAUUUUUGACCAUAUUUUGUGCAGGAUAUGACACCCUUAU